UAUAUUUUUUUUAUUAUCCAUAAAAUGUACAAUCUGAUGAACACCAUUUUAUGUGUGAAUCGAAAAUUAUCCCACUAUAUCUUGAGAAAAGAGGUUUGGAUAGAUUUAUACCAACUAUGGAUGGAUUAACUGGAACUACAAGGAUUCAAUGCAUGUAGAAGAAAUAACAAGCAAACAAAAACACGGCUCAGACUUACAAAAUCGUUAGCGGCACCACAAGAAAGGAUAACCGGUGGGGCUGACACCGACAUCACUGACUUCCCGCACGUCGCUGCUCUGGUCUACUACUACCCUGGCAUCAAUCGGGAAAUCCAACGCUGUGUCGGACCUUUGGUCUCAUCAUGGCAUGUGCUGACUUCCGCGUACUGCUUCACUGGAGCCGAUCUGUCCAACUUCCGCAUCCGCGCCGGUUCCACCAACAGUCUGUUCGGAGGCAUGCAAACCACCAUGCGUGGUCUGCUCAAGCACCCCGGCUACGUUGAGUCUCCCCGCCAGAACGACAUUGCCCUUGUGUUCUUGCAACAGCCGUUCGGACAAAGCAGUGUUAUCAGACCACUGCCUCUGCCUCCACAGGACUAUGAUCUGCCCGUCGGAGUCUCUGGCGUGGUUGCUGGUUGGGGCUUUAAUGCGGAAGGCACUCAACACGAUGCCCUCCAGUCUGUCGUCUUAGAAAAGGUGUCCCUUGACGCUUGCGCCGCUGCUUACGCUGACGAAGAACAAAUCGAUAUUAACGAAAGAGUGUUGUGCGCUGCUAAAGAAAACAGUGGCGCGUGUUUCGGCGACGCCGGCGCACCCAUGGUGGCAACAAUAUUCAACACACAAGCUCUUGUCGGCAUUUCUUCCUACUUCAAGGACUGUGGUUCUUCUGAAUACCCCGACGUCUUCACAAACAUCGCAAGCUACACUGACUGGAUCAUGGAGAACGCUGUAGCACCCCAAUAAAAAGAAAUACGAUUUUAUUGAACGUGAUUUUUAAUGUUUAAGCCUAUUUAUAUUAAACUAUAUUU